GUACAGACUCUUCAGCGCGAAGCCGCGAUCCGAGGCCACUCUGGCUCCAGCGACCCCCGAUGUUGUUUGCGGGCUUGGGCCUCAUGGCUCCAUGUGCUCUCCGUCCUGGCCGUGUCCUACCGGGCGCCGCUGCCGGCGGUCCCAUCGUUCGCGGGUGACACCGAGACGCUGGAGGUGCUCUCCACAGCCCGCGUGCGCCAGACGGGCCAGGGACUUCUGAACAGGCAUCGGCGUCACCCCAACAUACUUAUACUAUAUGUGCGGCGCCCCCCCCAGGGGCGACGCGCGCACCGAGAAAUCUUAUGGCAUACGUGUCGUGGCGGGCGCUUUCUUGUCACACCACUUGGGAAACGAUCUACUACAAUAUGGGUAUACUAUAUGUUCGGGUCGGACGCGCGCCUCCAAGGAAAACAUAUCGUACUAGUAUGUCUUUGUGCGUCCCAAGGCAGACCAGUGCUCUGGUGGUGCACGGUGCGUCGGCGGGCUCAGCCCGCCGACCGCCCAGGCGCAGCAUUCUUGCCUCAUGGUAUUCUCCGAGCAGUGCUGUGCAGCUUUCGAGAAAUCAAAGUGCUGUUGAGCCCUAUAUAUAUAUAUAUAUAUAA